CGUCUGUAGCGGCCCCGGACUGUGCAUCUUACGGGAUAAUGUGUUAUGGCGGUUCCUAUCUUGAGGUGGCAACGAAUCACAAAUUCUGCAGGGCCUCAACCUCGGCCGCGGCAUGGUCACAGGGCAGUGGCGAUUAAAGAUUUGAUGGUGGUCUUCGGAGGAGGCAAUGAAGGCAUAGUAGAUGAGCUGCAUGUAUUCAAUACAGCUACAAACCAGUGGUUUGUACCAGCAACAAAAGGAGAAGUACCACCAGGAUGUGCAGCAUACGGGUUUGUUGUAGAUGGCACUCGAAUACUCGUCUUUGGGGGCAUGGUUGAAUAUGGAAAAUACAGCAAUGAACUGUAUGAAUUACAAGCUAGCAGAUGGGAGUGGCGGAGGUUACGACCCCGCCCUCCGCGGAAUGGACACCCACCGUGCCCCAGACUUGGACAUAGUUUCACUCUCACCAACAGUAAGGUCUUCCUGUUUGGAGGCUUGGCAAAUGAGAGUGAUGAUCCGAAAAACAACAUACCAAGGUAUCUGAAUGAUCUUUAUACUCUGGAUUUGAAGACGAGUACCACUGCUUGGGACAUUCCACAAACAAAGGGUACACCACCAUCUCCAAGGGAGUCUCACACAGCAGUGGCAUACACACAGAAAGCCACUGAAGUAACUCGUAUUGUCAUUUAUGGUGGAAUGAGUGGUUGUCGUCUAGGGGACCUUUGGUUUUUGGAUUGUGAUACUUUCUCAUGGACGAGACCUGUAUUGAGAGGAGUCCCGCCCUUACCACGAUCUUUGCAUACAGCGACUUUAAUAGGUGAAAGGAUGUUUAUAUUUGGAGGUUGGGUGCCACUAGUUGUUGACGAUGUGAAAGCAGCAACGUUGGAGAAAGAAUGGAAGUGCACAAAUUCAUUAGCAUCCUUAAACCUAGAAACUCUCACAUGGGAGCAACUUGUAAUAGACACAAGUGAGGAAUAUAUGCCUCGUGCUCGUGCAGGACACUGUUCUGCAGGAAUCCACACAAGGUUGUAUGUGUGGUCUGGUAGAGAUGGAUAUAGGAAGGCGUGGAACAACCAGGUAUGCUGCAAAGACCUGUGGUACCUGGAGGUUCUGCAUCCAAUGCAGCCUCAUAAAGUUCAGUUGGUUAGAGCCCAAACUGAAGAACUUGAACUAUGUUGGCCAGCAGUUCCCACUGCAGAAGCUUAUCGUAUACAGCUACAUAGAUAUGAAAUGCCACCAAAUUGGAGUAUGCCAUCAUAUCCCCCAGUACCGAUCAGAUCUCCACCACAACCUGUUCCUUCACCAACAAAGAGCCCUCCAUCUCAGGUUGAGAAAACAUCUCCACAAAAAGAUAAUACUUCAUGCAAAUCUGCUGCUAUUCUUAGUACCCCUGUAAUGUCCCCACCAUUGAACAUUCCACAGGAGAAAUCACUGAGUGCAGAACUGGAGGAUGCUGAUGCAGACUUGUUGUCCUUGCAGAACAUUAUUGAACCUUUGUCAUCAACUAAAAUAACACCACCUGCAUUACCUACCUCCACAGUUCCAACAGCUGUUACUGGCAUAACGCCAGCAAAUCAAAUGAAACCUCAAGUCGGUGUUAUUGCCACUCCUACCACAAAAUCUUCAUUGGCUUCAAUGUUAGCAGGAAUUAAAUUGCCAUUGUCUUCCAGUAACAUGCCUGAUCUGGUACCUAACACCACUGCAGUGACUACACCUACUACCACAACUGUCUCUACUCUACCCACUCUGCCAGUGCUAACUUCCCCCAUUACCUCUCCCAAAAUGACUGUACUUACGACAGUGUCAUCACCCACAAGAAUUGCACCACAGCCACAGAAUGGUACAAGGGUUGCAACUGUUGCGUCACCAGCUCGCAGCAUUAUUCCUGUGGUUCAACAGUAUUCACCUGGAAUUAGAGCAUCUCCACAGGCGACGUUACUUAGAGGGGUUUCUCCAGCGCAAGGAAAGCAAAUAAUUUUACAGAAGUCAGCCAAUUCCACUGGAUCAAACCUAGUAACAUUUGUGAAAACAAGCCAAGGAGUCACUGUUGCAAUGCCAAAAACUUCGGUGGUGCAAGCAAAACCGGGAACAGCAGGUCAAGUAACAGCAAUUCAAACUGGGCAGAAAACAAUCCCAGCUGCUACAAUUGUAAAGCUUCUGAGUGGUAAUCAAGGCACAGGUGUUCAGAUACCACAAAUAAAGGGUGUGCCAUCAAACAUAAUGGUCACUAAAGCUCCAGGUCCUGGAGGAAAGCAAACAAUUGUUAUUACGAAACCUGGUUUGUCACCUGCUGGACCGUCAGCAGUUGGUGUCCGACCUGCAACUGGACAACAGUUUAUUGUUGUUACGACGUCACCUGGGAUCCGCACCGUGCAGUCAGUUACAUCAUCACAAGCGGGAAAUGCUACAGCUGGGGUCAUAUCACCUAAUGUAAAUUCACUCACAGCACCGAAUGCAGGAGCCAUGAAGAUGAUUGUCGUUUCAUCAGCUUCUGUGCCUGGAGGAAAUGUUGGCAAGCCAAUAACCAUAACAGUCCCAGGUGGUCAAGGAGGCAGACCAAAGACUGUUACUAUUGCAGCAAGACCUAGCGGUCAGGCAGUGAUAGGCUCUGUUCCUGCUACAGGGCAGAUUAUAAGCUCAGUUCAGCCCUCACAAACUCGCAUUGUGUCUACACAGCCUGCACUAACACUGGGUGCAAAACCAGUGACAAUGCAGCUAACGACAGCAGAUGGGGGACAGAAGAUGUUGACAUUACUGCCCAACAGUGGAACUACAAUGCCACUUGUAGCAGGAGCUGAGAAUAUGAGUUUAGGUAGCAGUUCAGCAGAGCUUGUGGCGGCCCUAGGUCAGACAGUCAGUACAUCUGCUGCUGCUACCCGCCAGCUUCAGCCCACCUCGACAAUAGCUUCGAGUGAAGGACCUGCUACUACAGAUGCUGCACUGGCUGCUUUGGCCGCAGAAGCUGGACUGCUUGACCCACCCUUAGAAAACUUGUCACCAGCUUUUCUUCAAAAAGAACUUGAGGGUGACGGGAGUGAAAUGUCACCAAAUUUAACAGGUGAUGAUCUCCAGUUUCCAACCUCCCAAGACAACUACAGAAGUGAUGGUGUAAGAAUGAACAGUACAAACAGUGACAAAUUAGUUAUCGACGAAAAUCUGGACAGCGGAAGUACGACGGGUGCUGACAGUGAUAUUGCCAAAGCUGCUUCAGAACUGAUGCAACUUAGUAAUCCAGAAGUUUGUAGCUUGGCAGAUGAACUUAGAUCUAUUAAGGAAAGUCAUUCGUCUGGCCUCGGUGAAAGUGCAGAUUGCAGCCUAAAUGAUGUUUUACAAUCGUGUACUGAUGGAAAUUUACAUGCAGAAAUGUCAGGUCACUCUCCAAUAAGUGCAAUGAAGUUCCAAAGUGAGCCCUCCAUAGAAGACCCUACAAAGGGAACAGACAUUGAUAACAGUGCUAUUAGUGCAGCGCAAGGAGAAAGCAGUUUGGGAAACAAAUCUGGACUUACAGAAAACAGAGAUUUGGAAUUCAGUUUGCGUGAGACUGACAGCAGUGCAAGCUCUCUGCCACUGAUGAAGACAGGUGAAAUGGAGUCUGAUGCUUUGUCCACAUUAGCAUCUGCAGCACUGGGCUUCAAGCAGGCACCGACGAAUGGAGCGCCUGUUCAACCUGCGGAGCAGAAGGGCCCUGUGGUCACACAACUGCCAGGAGCACCAUCAGCUAUAAAAAUUUUAAAGGUAAAUGAUGGUGUUAAUCUGUCUUGGGACCCUCCACCAAAUGAGGUCAUUAUAGAGUAUUCUGUAUAUCUUGCAGUACGCAGUGCCACUUCUCAAGUACGGGGAGAAAAUAAAACUGUAUUGAGUACAUCCACCCAGUUAGCUUUUAUGAGAGUCUAUUGUGGACCUAACAGUAACUGCAGGAUAGAACCUCAUCAAAUUGCUGAAGCUCACAUUGAUAAAAACACAAAGCCUGCCAUUAUAUUCAGAAUAGCUGCUCGAAAUGAGAGGGGAUACGGGCCAGCUACACAAGUGAGGUGGCUUCAAGAUACAACACCACAAACCAAACCAGCCAUUCUAAAACGACAGGCAGCAAUAAAACCACCGACUGCCACAGCAGGUAAUCCAGCAAAAAGGAGAAAACCAGAAGACCAGUCUUGAAAAUGACAUUUGUUUGGAGAGUUGUGGAACACUUGUGCAAAUAGUUCUAAGUCGAACCAGAAAUAAAUUCCAGAAACAAUUUGUGAUGGUAUCUAGACUCGUCAUUUCAGUUACAUCAUCUUAAUUUUUGUGAAGCUUGGUUGAUAAAUUCAAGCAUUCUGCAAAUUUGUGUUUUGUCCAAAGUUUCUGCAGCUGUCUUGAUUAUCUUUGUGGAAAUGUGUUAUUUCUUACACCAAGGAAGUACAGCAGUGUUACAAUCUUUAUCUGCACACUGGAGCAUAUAGAGCUUCAGCAUUUUGUAAAUAAUUUUAUUAAUUUUGUGUCAAAGAAAUAUCUAUUCUUAUUAAAUGUUCAACAUAAAGCACUUUAUCUGAAUAUGAUAAAAUGUUUUAUUCCAAAGGUUAUAAAAUGCUGAAGUACAUUUUAAAUUGUAUUUGAAUUAAUAUUCAUGUAUGUCUAAUUGACCAAGAUGUGGACAGAUAUGUGUGUAGUAAAGGCUGAAUUAUUCAUGAACAACAUUUCUGCCCCUACAUUUAUUAAAGUGUUAAUUUAGACCUUUUGUGAGGCAUUGAAUUCAAUAUAUUGGAGAGCAGUGGGAAUCCUUACUGGAAUAUAUUCACCCACCUUCCAUCGUCUUUUCAUGCUGAUCUCUCUCUUGCCCCUAUAUAUUUUAUGUAGUGUCCCUUGAGGUGACAGAAAAGUGUACAUGCAAAUAAACGUAAGAAUGCGGAAUAAUUUUGCUGUAAUGAUUUUGCAUAUAUGUAGAAACUGCUUUUAAUUUUAGUUUGUAAAAAGAAUUUUACACAAACCGUACCAUCAUAAUUUUAAUAUGAACAUUUUCUUUGAUUAGAUGUUUGUAUGAGAAUAUUUGAAAACAAAAAAGCAGUACAAACUGAACUCGCUGCUGUUUUUAUGUUACUUGGCAAAGCCAAAUGUAGAAGAGGCAGUUAGAGGAUUCGUGCUUCAUCACGACACAGUGUAGCCAUAUGGCUUGCUGUUAUUUGUAGUUUUGGCAUCACACAUGUUAAAGGAAGUGUUUACAGGAGCAGCACAAGGUGGAUGAAGAUUCUGUGGAAACAUGAUAUUUUUGUGUAAAGACGAAGUUUUCACUCACGCUCAGCUGACCAAUUGCAAUUUUAUUUUAAGGUUUCCAGAGUAGAUAAAUCGUGAAGUGUAAAGAACAGAACAUGGGUAACAAACUGUACUGUUACAAUAGAACACAUCAGAAUUGAAACAAAAAGUGCAUUCACACAUUACUCAGUGAGUCAGUGCUAACAAAGCUGCAGUAUGCUGUACUAGCCAGAAUUUAAAUUUUAUGACUUGUCCUGAGUAUUUGAUGCAUAAGUGAUUAUAAAAUAAAUGGCA